AUGGAGUUAGAAUGUGUGAAGAAGAUGUUAGAGAAAGGAAUCGAAAGAGCAGCAGUUGUAGAUGGAUUGCCAUGGAAGUUCAUAGAACAUUUGUGUAUGAAUGGCCUCCAAAUUGAUCUCAUGGAGCCUGGCCAUGUGGUUUGUUCCAUGAAGAUAACGCCACGUUUACUCAAUUCUAACAACUCUUUCCACGGUGGCGCCGCCGCUUUGCUGGUGGAUAUGGUGGGCGCAGCAGUAAUUCCAUCCCCCAUGACUUCCGGAGUUUCUGUUGAGAUCAAUGUUUCAUACUUUGAUGCUGCCUAUCUCCAUGAGGAGAUUGAAAUCGAUGCAAGGCUUCUACGUUUUGGAAAGGCUGUAGCUGUUGUUAGUGUGGAGUUUAGAAAGAAAAAGAGUGGCAAAAUUUUUGCUCAAGGUCGACACACCAAAUAUCUUGCCGUUGCCAGUAAGUUAUGA